AAGGAUUUUUUUUUCACAACGUCCGGGAGUGGUCAAAGAUAUCCGUAUUUGCGGCUGGUGGUAAGUGGAACUUGCCCUUUACUUUAGCAUUCCCAACUUUCAAAGCUUUAUGCCGGAUUAUAGCCAAGAAGGACAACAAGCUAAAUACAAGUUUUGGAGGUGCCGGUUUUCGAGGAGGACGUAUCUUGUUAGUAUCCAGACCCUAAGAUGACAACCAGCAAGAGUAAGAACCAGAGCUCUCUUGUGCUGCACAAGGUGAUCAUGGUGGGCAGCGGAGGCGUUGGGAAAUCGGCCCUCACUCUGCAGUUCAUGUAUGACGAGUUUGUGGAGGACUACGAGCCCACCAAGGCAGACAGCUACAGGAAGAAGGUGGUGCUGGACGGGGAGGAGGUCCAGAUAGAUAUCCUGGACACAGCUGGCCAGGAGGAUUACGCUGCCAUUAGGGACAACUACUUCAGGAGUGGGGAGGGCUUCCUUCUAGUCUUCUCCAUCACUGAACAUGAGUCAUUCACCGCCACCUCCGAGUUCCGGGAGCAAAUUCUGCGUGUGAAAGCAGAGAACGAUACCAUCCCUCUGCUGGUGGUCGGGAACAAGUCCGACCUGGAGGACCGCAGGCAGGUGUUGGUAGACGAGGUCCGGUCAAAGGCUGAAGAGUGGGGCGUUCAGUAUGUGGAGACCUCGGCCAAGACACGGGCCAACGUUGACAAGGUAUUCUUUGAUCUCAUGAGGGAGGUGCGAAAAAAGAAAAUGUCAGAGAGCAAGGACAAGGGUGAAAAAAAAGGCAAGAUCAAAAAAGCUUUCAAAUGCUGUCUGCUUUGAUCUAGGCCAGAUUGUUCAGACACAGAGAGCAAUCAGAACAGAGCCUCAGCAUAGUGGACAGUGUGGCAAAACAUUUACACACCUUUUGCUAUAAAAUGAGAAUUUCUUAUUGGACAAGUUCACUCAUUACCAUUCCACUGAACUGAGCCUUUUCACUUCUCACACUUGUGUCCAAACUAUACAGUUCCUUUCUUAUCGUAGCAGCCAGAGUGGUGACCUUAUCACUAAUGCGUUUGUAAUGCUGACCAGUCUUUGUGUCACAGUGGGGACUCAUCCAAAGGGUUCUAAAUAAAGUGCCUCAAACAUGAUAAUGUAGACAUUUUGACAGCUCCUAUGAAUGAUGUGUGGUAGGUUAUUGGUCAAGCUUGCCUCGUAUGCCCCCCCCCCUUCCCCUCUUUUCCUGACAAUCAGUCACUUGCACACUAAAACAUGGCCUUGGUUUGAUACCCAAAGGUAGAAAUAAACAGGGCUCAGAGAUAUUAGCUAGUCUGUUUGAUACUGUUUGCACUGCAAUACUUUCACUACUGUAAACUAUUGUAACUUGUUUUAUUUAUGAUCCAUUGCAUGAAUAUAACCCAGUCUCACCCUAUUGAUAAUUCAAAAUGUUAUCCACAUGUUCUGUAACUACGCCACCAAAUCUAGCCCACUGCACUUUUUCCACAAGCUGUAAAUGUUUCAGUGUAAUCUUGCUAAUUCUACAAUUUAAACUGAAGCAUUAAAAAGUUAUUGUUUUUAUGCACACUCAAUACAGGUUAUAUACAUCUGUUUUUGUUGCCAAAUAAAAAUAAUUUUUGUAAUGAAA